AAUUGGAUCCUAAACCUAAACCCUAAUCUUCUUCACGUUCCUCCUCCGUUCACCGUACGCCGAUCCAGAUAUACGACGAGGUGAUGGCCCCGAAGCAGCCUAAUACAGGCCUAUGUGUUGGAUUGAAUAAAGGCCAUGUUGUGACCAAGAAGGAGUUGGCUCCUCGCCCAUCUGAUAGGAAAGGGAAAACAAGCAAGAGGUCCCAUUUUGUGAGGAAUUUGAUCCGUGAAGUAGCGGGUUUUGCACCAUAUGAAAAGAGGAUCACCGAGCUGCUUAAAGUAGGAAAGGACAAGCGUGCUCUUAAGGUCGCCAAGAGAAAGUUGGGUACCCACAAGAGGGCCAAGAAGAAGAGAGAGGAGAUGUCAAGCGUUCUCCGCAAGAUGAGGUCUGGUGGAGGUGCUGAGAAGAAAAAGUGAGGUACAUCCAGGUUUUGAAUUUGUUAAACAUAAUUUUGUUAUCAUCUCUACUAGUUGGAGCCUUGAGUAUUAUUAGUUCAGUCAAAUAUCUUUCCAUUAAGGGUUGAACUUAAGUUGGUCAUAGUUUUCUCGUCUUAUCAUGUACUUUGUGACCCAUCUUUGUGAGUUGGGAUUCAUGUACUACUUUUGAUCGUUUCUAUAUGGAAUUCGCUUUACUGAGUUGUGCUU